UUGAAAAAUAUUAUACUUCUUAAGUAAAAAAUGGCCGAGAGAGUCCCAAAACUUAUUCUGUAUGUUCUCAUGUUAGGCAUGCUCCUUGCUGGGCUGUUGAAUACGACCUUUAUGAACCUACAGAAUAACCAAGAGUAUUAUAACGAAGAAAUGGAGGAAAGAAUUGAGUUCAGGCAUCCUUUCUUUCAAACAUGGUGCAUGUUCAUUGGAGAGGUUAUCUGACUCCCAAUUUAUUUGUUUUUGAAAUACCAGAAAUCUAAAUAAAUAUGGAUCUGCAAAAUACCAUCCUUCCGCUAUCGAAGCUGAACUGAUGGGCCUCAGACUUGAUGUGAAUGUCUGAUGGUUUACCAUCCCUUGUGUAUUUGAUAUUAUAGCAUCAACUUUAAUGUUCGUAGGUCUGACAAUGAUCGCUGCUAGUGUAUAUCAAAUGUUGCGAGGAAUGAUCGUCUUUGUUGCUACCAUCAUGAGUAUAAUUUUUCUCAACAAGAGAUAUUACAGACAUCAUUGGACAGCUCUGACAAUUGUUGUAAUUGGAGUGGCUAUUGUAGGAGCUAGUCCGAUAAUCUAUCCCGAUAAGAACAAUGAUGAGAACGCUUCAUCUCAUCCUGUUCUUGGUCUGAUACUUGUUCUUGCUGGUCAGAUCUUUUCAGGCUUCACGAUGGUCUCUGAAGAAAAGUUGUUCAGAGUAUUUUACAUUCAUCCUUUACAAAUGGUUGGGUGGGAAGGAGUCUGGGGAUUAAUAAUCUAUUCUGUGAUUUUGAUCACUUUACAAUUAAUACCUUGACCUUCAAGCACGAUCUGAACUUACCGCACAAUUGAAGACACUAGGCAAGCUGUUUAUGAGCUUUACCUUGAUGACAUAACCUUUCUGCUCGGAAUAGGUUCGAUAUUGAGUAUUUCACUGUAUAAUUCAACUAAUGUUGCAGUUACUAAAUUUGCAAGCUGAGUUCAAAAAGCUACAAUAAACACAAGCAAGCCAGCAUUAGUAUGGAUCUUCUGGCUAUUCUAUCCUGGUAAAGGUAAAGAGAGAUUUAUUUGGCCUCAGAUAAUCGGCUUCACUUUGAUUGUCUUCGGAACGUUAAUGUAUAACGAAAUAUUUAAAAUCCCUCUUCUUGGACUUGAUCAAUAUACAGAAGAAAAAAUCGAGCCUGAAGUAGUCCUUUAUAAUGAAAAAUCGGUGAACCUUACUGCCGAUACGUCAUACAGCUACUGAAGAGUAACACUAGCUCUAAAGAAGAACAUGGAUGAAGAUUCUGAAGAAAUCAGCUUUAACAGAACUAGUAAUACCAUGGUAACGACAAACAAAGAUAACAUGAUCACAAUAGAUGGAUAUAGUUCUUAA